AUGAACUUCAUGCCUGUUGAGAACUCGCCGCCAAACCACUUCCCACGUGUAACCAACGCCCAGACUACCAAGUCCAAAUCGCGCCGCCCAUGUGAUCCGUGCCGUCGACGAAAGUCACGGUGCGAAAUAUCAGAAAGCGGGCCACCAUGUGUUCUUUGUCAGUUCCAUGAUCAGGAAUGCACCUUCAACGAAAAUCCGCAACCGCGGAAACGGCGCGCUGUCGCUAUCAACGAGGGUUCUGAGCCUGUUGGGACCAUUCGCGGCCAGCUACCUCUUGCAAACGAUCAUGGAAUUAGCACUGCAGCUUCUACAUCUCCUCAAGAGAUUGCAGCCAGGAUCCGACAGGAUCCGCCAAUCGAUGACUAUGCAAAUCUACGCGGGCCUUCGCUCCUAAAGAAAACGCUCGGCCUGCAGACUAAUAGGCACAGUCGUUUUGUCGGUUCUACUUCCGAGUACGAACGUCUGUUGUUGGCACUCGAGCCACUUCAAUCGAUUGCUGGCGUUGAUUCUUUGGUUGGCCAUCCAAUAUUAAGAAAAGUUGAUGAUACCGACCCAACAAUAUUCGUCUUAUCACCUGAUGCCGGCACACUCAACAGUCAUAAUGACAUUCCAGAUCUUGAUGCUAUCGAGAUGGCUGUAGCACCACAUGGCUCCGCGUUGAUACGUCUCUUCUUUAGAAUCGUACAUCCCAGCUUCCCAAUCUUGCACAAGAAAGUGUUCUUAGAGAAGUAUGAGCGAACCCACCGAGAGUUCUCACCCCCGCUUCUGGCAGCAGUAUAUCUCCUGGCUCUGAACUGGUGGUCGUAUUCUAGUGAGUUGGCAUUGCAACUCAAACCGAAUGUUUCGCAUCUGGAAGGAUUAGCAAUGAAGUCGUUCAGCAACAUUGUCCAUAGGCCUAAACUUUCGACUAUACAGGCGGGCUUGUUGCUCCUCCAGCGGCCAGAGGGUAACAGUUGGGCGCUGACAUGCCAGCUCGUCGGUCUCGGGCAGGACAUGGGUCUCCAACUCGACUGUACGAACUGGCACAUACCGGACUGGGAGCGUGGUCUGCGCAAGCGUCUGGCCUGGGCCAUAUUUAUGCAGGACAAAUGGGGUUCUCUUAUACACGGUCGCCCCUCACACGUCACGCCAACAGACUGGGAUGUGCAGCCCCUGACUGAAGACGACUUUCCAGAGAACGCCGCCGAUGAGGAUGACGAAGACGGAAGUACCGAGGUGGAAAAAGGACGAAUCAUGUUUUGUUACAUGGUAGAACUCACACAAAUUCUGGCACAGAUCCUAUCGACUUUCUACACUCUGAAGGCUGAGCGCGACUUCGCCAGCCGUACCCAGGAAGGCGUUAGAUCGCUACUUGAAGCAGCCAAGCCUUUACAGCUUACACUACGUCAAUGGUACGCCGACAUGCCGUCUGCGCUCAAGAUGCAGGACAUAGCUCCAAGGAAGCUCUCUAGCGUCGGUUACCUCCACCUUGGCUACUACGCAGUUGAAAUGACCUUGCAUCGACGUAUCAUUCGCUCAUUGUCUCCAUCAGACGGUCCGGAAAUCCGCGCUAUAUGCCGCCAGGCUGCACAAAGCCGACUCACAUCUGCUUUCGCCUUCGUUCAAUCGCUCCGACCAGAACAUCUCCAAUCCUUUUGGUACUCAUCAUCCACAUACAACUUCGUACUCAUCGGCUCUUUCAUCUCGCUUCUGUGGGUGACAUCUCCCGAUAGAGAAGAAGCAGUGAAAUAUCGAGCUCAUCUGGAUGAAUAUAGAUGGAUCAUACGUCUCUCUAGCAAAUCGGCCGACUUCCUUGAGAGAGCGCUGAUAUCAUUAGAUCUAACUUCAAGUACGCUGAUGAAGGCCGUUCCUGAUGACAAUGUUCCGUCUUCCGCCGCGAACGGUCAUCAGAGCAGAAUAGGCAAUGAAACACGUUACGGUGCUGAUGCGGGUCGCUCCCAAAACUCUAGAUCCGUACCGAAUGGCUCGGAUUCGCCUGUCACAUAUCUCGGUCAAGGAAUAAGCGAAACACUACUAGGGGGUGAUGGAUUGGCUGAACAUUCGUGGUUUAGUGCAGUAGAUGAGAGUAACUUCGAUGGCGGUUACAGUACUCAUGGCGUCGCUCUGCCUGGGCAGCCGGACAUGACAUAA